AUGAGGUAAGAAGAGCGGCUUCGCAAAACCUCCGGUCCAGAAAAAUGGCCAUGGCAGUGGCCGCUUCCUUCGCCGCCCGCCACCACCACGGGCACCUCGCCGCCGGCCUCCUCUCCACCCCGCAAGCAAGCGGUAGGACUAGCCGCAGCGGUGUCACCAUUUCCAUGAGGGCUCAGAAAAAGCAGAGCGGUGAGUCCGGAAGUGGGAAGGGAGGCGGGGAAGGCCGAGUCAGCGGUGGGCGGCGAGUGUGGCGUCGCCGGAAACUGACCAAAGAAGAUGACAUGUUGCGUUACAAGUUGGAUCGCAUCCCUUUCUUAGAAGAGAAAGUGAGAAAAGUAAGGGAAAACGGGAAGCUCGUGUGCUUGGACAUCAACCAGCUGAUGUUAGCUGCAGAGAAUAGAUUCGCCUUCACAAAUGAGGUGGCAGAAGAAGCUAAUGCCUAUCUUGAGAAGAACAGGAAUGAGUACGGACUGAAAAAACCUAUACUCCAUGUGCUCAGUGACCGCAUGAACGAAGCUGGAUUUUCUCGGCCAGAGGGUUACCUUUAUCCGUAUCCUAUCAAGCCAGGGCCUUAUUUCAUAAAAGAAGAAGGGCACUGAAUAGAAUCACAGCUCCAUAGAUCAAGGAGGCGCUCUUUUCAGACUGGGCUCGUAGUUUUGUUGUACACACUACACUGGGGAGGAGUCUGGGACAACUUCCAUAAUCAAAAUUCACGGGGCUUUUCAUCGUCAGAUCUCUGAAACUUCUUCAGCAGCCCUCCCAAUAUAUAUAGUGUGAAUGAAAGCAGCCUGUUCUUUCUUGACUGUCGUCUGCGUUGCUUCAGUGUUGACAUGGGAUCGAAAUAAUCAGAUUCGCUGAGCGAGGUGUAUCGGUCCAUCUUGUUGUUGUCUUAGAUAUUGUAUCGAUAUUGAUAUAUUCGAUUCACCUUUGGGCUACCA